CUCCCUUCUUCACCACGUAACAGCUGAGGAUGUGAGCUGGAGGCUCUCUAGUCUUGGGACAAAAGAAACAGCAGAACGGAACAUUUUGAAGAAUGUUGAGACCAAUUAAGAAGCAAGCCUUGAGAAAUGAGCAAGCAGAUGAGGCAGCCUACUUAGCACACCUGGCAGCACAGAGGAAUGCUAGUGCCUUCUUUGAGAAGUACGACCGAAGUGAGCUUCAGGAAUUACUGACCACUUCAUUCUGCAGCUGGUUGGCAUCCAAAGACGACAUGCGCCACCCAUUGGAACUUCCCAGUGGACUUCUGAGUCAGAUGAAAAGCGUCAAUACUUCAAUAGCUAUUGUACUUAUGCCAGUGGAACCAGGCUUAGAUCUGGACUGUCGGGAAAUUCAUCAAAUGAUCAGAGAGUUGGCCGUGGGCAUUUAUUGUCUGAACCAAAUCCCUUCUAUCAAUCUAGAUGCCAAUUAUGAUCAGAGUACUUCUUGUUCCCUCCCUCCAGCAUAUUUUGAUACAAGAAUAGGACAAAUGUUAAUUGCUGUUGACUAUAUGUUGAAAGCCCUGUGGCAUGGGGUAUACAUGCCUAAGGAAAAAAGGGUAAGGUUCUCUGAACUCUGGCGCUCUAGCAUGGAUAUUGAUCAAGAUGGUGUUCCCCAAACAUUAAAAACUCCUGCUGCAGAGUUCUGUCUAGCUGGUCUAAUAGACAUUACAAAAGAGCCAGAGUUUCAAGGAAUCUAUGAUGAAAACAUGAAUGAAGAUCCAACUUACAAUCCUAACAGCACAGAAGAAAAAACUUUCUUUAUGCAGUUUGCGGACCAUAUAAUACUUAAACUGACGUUUGCCACGACAAAGAUUCAACAGUAUGAAGAUGUCUUCCUGUUCGAUGCGGCAUACAACCUCUCCAAUGCAAUUAGAAUGACUGAGGAUCAUCUCGAUGCUUUCUCAUACCAGAGACUACAGCAGAGGCUCUCCCUUCAGCUCAAACUUCUGAAAAAGCAUUUAGAAAAGAAAGAAGACAUCCAAAAGAACAUAGCGUACAUGAAACUGAUAAGCUUUCUCAUCCCGUUUAUCAUUAAUUUAAAGAGAAAAAACAAAGUCCCAAAUUUAAGCCGGCUUCUUCAGCCGUAUUCAGAUGACAAAGUUAAAACUGAACGUGAAUUACCCCCAUUUUUGCUUGGAACAGAUUUCAAAUGCCAACAUUUUUUGUAUGCCCAGAAUCAGUAUUUCCAUCUCCAUGGUGGCAUUGAAUUUGAUGUUGGGACGCCUUCAGUUGAAGAUGUUUCCAAAGAGGUUAAGGCUGCCUAUGAUGAAAUGCACACAUGUGCAAUAAAUCAUCUUACUCAACUGCUGGACCCAGAUGCACCCUACAGAGAACAUUAUCCUAUUCCAGUAAUGGAUUUUGAUGGCAAAAGAUAUUACGUAAUUGGCAUUGAGCUUGAAGCUUUUUAUAUGCUUUUUAAAAGUCAGUGGUGGGGAGCUAUCAAUGAAGUGAUAAGCACCCUUAAACCAAAAAGGCUUCCAUUAACUGACACACAAGCAAUGGAUCAAUUCAAGAAAAGAUUUGGCUAUAGGAAAGCUAUUAAAUGUAAGAGCCUGUCUUUUGGCAUGAAAUCUGCUGCUGAUAGAGGACUGGCUGCCAUCUUCCUUACCUUCUGCCGUAGGACCUCCAUCAACAGUCUUGCUAUUACAGAUGAUUAUGGUUAUGCAUACAUCCAUCAUGCUGCUAUUUACAACCGUGUGGCAAUUAUAGCUCAGGUGGUUAAAUUACAUCUAACUAUUAAUCAAAGGCGUUCUAUUCCAGUGAGCCAAGGAAAACGUUCCCAAAAACCAGAAACAAAAAGUGGAACACCUGCCUUCAUAGAAAAGGAUGUCAUGAUUGGAGAAAAAAGUUCUUGGGGACCCACAGCUUUGCAUCUAGCAGCCCAGUGCGGUUCCCUUGAAGCGCUUCAUUUCCUUCUGGCUUUAAGAGCAGAUUACCAAAUACCCGAUGACCGAGGAUGGUUGCCGAUCCAUUUUGCUGCCUAUUAUGACAAUGUGGCUUGCAUUACAGUCCUCUACAGAAAAGAUGCAGAGCUGAUAGAGGCGGAAACUCAAUCUCUAUAUCAUUCCACACCACUUUUGCUUGCAGCUGUAUCUGGAGCACUAGAUAGUAUCAAGUAUUUGUUUUUUCUUAAUGCUGACUGGCUAAAAAAAGACGGUGAAGGGAAUAACAUAAUACAUUUGGCUGCACUGAACUUCCACACAGAGGUUUUGAAGCAUCUAAUUGAGUUAAAUAACCCUGCUCUCCCAGUUUGGAAAACUCUUGUUGGUAUGCUGAAUUGCGAAUCCUAUUUUAGGAAACGAAUGGCAAUACAGUGUUUAGAAGUACUUUGUCUUGCCAAAGAUGAUUACUGGACAUGUAUAUUGCAGGCAGGUACCAUACCCUCAUUAAUCAGCUUGUUGAAGAGCGAAGACAUCAAAUUGGAGUGCCUCACUCUGGGAGUGCUGAGUAACAUCUCCACCCAUGACUUAAUUGUCAGAGCCUUUGUAGAAGCUGGAGGCAUUCCCGUGUUAAUUAAACUCUUGUCUAUGGAAGAACCCGAAUUGCUGUCUCGUUGUGCAGUGUUUUUAUAUGAUAUUGCCCAGCUGGAUAAUAAUCAAGUCAUCAUCGCUGAACUGGGUGGAAUUCCUGCUCUCAUCAAUCUUUUGCAAUAUGACUUACAAGAUCUGCUUGUGAAUGUAAUGAGCUGUAUCCGAGUAUUAUGCAAGAAUAAUAAAGAGAAUCAACUGAAAGUGAAAGAAAUGCUUGGUAUUGAACCACUUGUCCAGUUCUUACGUUCGGAUUCAGAUAUCUUGGUGGCAGUGGCCUCAGCAGUAAUUGCAGAAAUUUGUCGUGGGAAUAUGGAAAUGCAGAAUGCUAUCGUGGCAGCAAAUGUUAUUGAUCCUCUAAUUCAACUUCUCAGAGGAAGGAAAAUCGGUGUCCAGGUUAAAGGAGCAACAGCAAUUGAGGCACUCUGUGAAGGGAACACUAUUAUCCAGAUGAGAUUUCUAUCCAGAUCUGUGACCAAGUUCCUUCUGAAGCUCCUGAAGGCCUUUCACUUGAAGGUGAAAGAACAAGGGGCUGUAACCCUCUGGGCCCUAGCCGGACAAACCCUGAAGCAGCAGAAAUUCAUGGCAGAACAGAUUGGAUACAAUUUAAUUAUAGACAUGCUUCUAUCACCAUCUGAUAAAAUGCAGUGUGUUGGAGGAGAAGCUGUCAUAGCUCUUAGCAAGGACAGUGAAAUUCACCAGAACCAAAUAUGCGAAGGGAAUGGAAUCGCCCCUUUGGUCCGGCUGUUAAGAAGUGGAAGGAUAGCAGAAGGCACCCUCCUCAGUGUGAUCAAAGCCUUAGGCACAAUGUGUAUUGGUCUGUCGUUCCUUUUCUCUUGCUUCCAAAGUAUAAAGCUUUUGAGUGAAGCUCAUAUAAGCAAUCCAGUUAGUCAAGAGAAUGUAGUGGAUGAAGGGGCCUUGCCAAUACUUGUUCAUUUACUUAAAACUCAUCCAUCCCUUCAGAUAAAGGUUGAAGUUGCAUUUUCUUUGGCUUGUAUUGUUCUAAAGAAUAGCGCUCUGCAGACUGUAUUACAAGACAAAGAAGGUUUUUGUUAUUUGGAUGUCCUUAAACUUUUUCAUGCACCAGAUAAGGAGAUCCGUUUACGAGCAGGAUAUGCUAUUGCAGUUUUUGCUUACAAUAAUCCUACUCAGCAGGUACUGAUUUUAGAGGCUGGACCCAUAUCAAUCCAUGUAUUUGAACCUCUUCUAGGCUCAGAUGUCGAGACAGAUAGAGCAAUGGCUGCCUUUCAGAUUGUAGUACUAGCAAAAAUUAUAAUUGAUAUGGAUCAAGUUAGUUUGUCUGCAAAAGGAAUUUCUACCUUGGUUGACCUACUAUGUUCAGAAAAAUCAGCCACUUUAGUGUUAACAGGAAAAUUAUUAGCCAGCUUGGCCCACACAAGGGCAGGCAUUCCAGAAGCAAUCACAAGCCUGGGGACUGUCCAACGUCUUUGUUAUCAUUUAUAUGCAAAGGAAGAGGAGGUUCGUUCAGCUGUGGCAUGUGCUCUUGGCUAUCUAACUUUUAACAGAACUGCAUAUCGCCAUCUAUUGGUGCAAUGUAGGAAUAAGCCCAAAUUGUUCAAGAGGCUAAUAAUAAAUCUCAGCAAAGAUGCAAAAAUAAAUUCGGAUUUUGUAAAUGAAUUUAGGAGACAGAAAAAAGUUGGGCUCCCAUCUCUCAGCCUGGAGAUAAAUGGAGGACCACCUGCUGUCCCUGUACACAUACGAGAAAAAUUUCGAGGUACUGGUGUUAAAGUAUACAAAGCAAAGUUUCGCCCGAAGGAUUCUCUCUUUUUAAUUCCCCCAACUUCACAUAUAAUGGGAAGAGUAAAAGCUCUGGAGAAACCCCGCAUUCCAGCAUCUGGACACUAUCAAUUUCCACACACAACAACUUCUGACCUCAUUCAGGUUUCAAGACCAAGAAUUGUUAAUGUCGGGGCACUCAAAUAUGCUUUGUCCGAAGAGAAAAUUUAAACAUAUUGUCUAUAUUGUGAUAGCAGAAAAGAAGUUGUUACCAUGCAGUUUCAUGCAAAUAAAAAUAUGAUUGCAUCUGUAA